UUUGGACCCGUUCUUCCGAUAGUGAGCGUCCAAUCGGAGGACGACGCCAUCAAUUUCAUCAAAAAGGGAGACAAACCGUUGUCUUUGUAUUUGUUCUCAACUAAUCAGAAGACAAUCGAUAAGUUUGUAAACGAGACAUCGAGUGGCUCCAUUUGUGGAAACGAUACCGUCAUUCACCUCUCGAUAGAUACGCUGCCAUUUGGUGGCAUUGGAGCCUCAGGUUUGGGUCGAUAUCACGGAAAGUACUCUUUUGACACUUUCUCACACGAGAAGUCAAUACUGAUUCGCGGAUAUAAUCCGGUUCUGGAGGCCAUCGGAUCUAAGCGCUAUCCACCCUAUAAUGACAGUAAACUCCGGUUUAUGUCCCUAUUAUUGGCCAAAAGACGCGACUUUACGCCCAAAUAUUUGUCGCAAUACUUGAUGUACGCUUUGGGUGUCGUAACUGUCCUCGGAGUUCAGGCUUUGUAUUAAAAGUACAACAAAUUGUGACAUAUUUUGCACAACUAUUAUGUAUACCUUAAACAUAAACUAUAUGAUUAUAUUAUGAUUGCAAUUCAGGCACAAGUUAUGCCAAAUAUAUCCAAUUUAUUUGCACAC